AUGAGCGAAGUUAAAAUUCUUGUCGCCUGUGCAGCUGAGCCGACUUUGUCUACUGUAUUAGAGAAGGUAUGCCAGGUCAGCGAAAAGUCAGGACCAUUUGAUUGCAUUGUGAUAUUGGGACCUGCUUUAAACGAUGUGAAAGAUGAAAUUCCAGUGAAGAUGCCUGUGCCCACGUUUUUUACCAAUGGGAGCAAGCUAGUAAGUGAUGAGGCAGGUUCUAUUAGUAUAGAUGAAAAUUCUACACUUCUUAACGGAAUUGGCAUCUAUCAAUUAUCGAACGGCUUGAAAAUAGGGUACUUGACCGGGGAUGAGAAUUAUCUGAGGCAAAAUGAAGAUGAAAUUCUGUCACUUUUCAGCAAACAAGAGAAUGAUGGGGUUGAUUUACUUCUAACUUAUCAAUGGAGCGAGGCGAUAGCCCAUGGUUCAACAUCAUCCGCUGGGAUUUGUCUUGUUGAUAAAGUUGUCAAAUUGCUAAUGCCUCGAUAUCAUUUUGCUUGUAGUGAGAAGAACAAAUUCACAGAAUUGAAUCCCUUUCAGUGGAAUGAAACCAGUUCUAUAACAAGAUUCUUGAAUAUUGCGGAAUAUGGAAGCGGAGCCAAGUGGGCCUACGCUUUUAGCUUAUCAUUAGGACUGAAUAAUGAUGGACUCAAAAUUGACAAUUUAUCUCCAAAUCCGUAUUUACAGAGUAAUGGUAAGAAGCAUCGCUUGGAGGAAGAAUCAACUAGACUGCCGUCUAAUAUUAAAAAAUUCAGGCAAAUUUUACCGGAGAAGUGCCGCUUUUGUUUCAGCAAUCCUGAUGUGGAAGAUCAUUUGAUAAUAUCCAUUAGCGAACAUGCAUAUAUCACGGCUGCAAAGGGCCCACUAACAAUGCCCCAUGGACAAAUGGAUUUUUCGGGUCAUUGCUUGAUAAUACCUAUAGAACACAGGACGAAACUCGUAGCAGACACAAAUGAUAUCACGAAGACACCGACUUAUACGGAUAUGGAGAGUUAUGAAUCAAAGCUAGUGAAGAUGAAUUUUGAAAAGUUUCAAAUGUCCACUAUCAUAUUCUCUAUCAAUUCCGAAAACUCCGUGCACUUCCAUAAACAAGUUAUGCCAAUUCCAAAUUACCUAAUAGGUAAAUUUGUUCCCGCAUUAGACAGACAAGUGCAUUUCAAUAAUGAACGGAAUCCAACUAAUGCCAAAUUAAACUUCAAAGAGUUUCAGGGCAAAAAAGAUCUCAAUUAUCUUGAAUUUAUCAAUGACCCACAGAAUAACUACUUACAAUUCACUAUAUUUGAGAACUCUUCUCAACCUCCAAAAGUGUAUGUUGCCUCUUUCGAUGUAUCUAAGAGAAUAGAUCUACAAUUUGGAAGACGUGUGGUAGCUUUUAUGCUUCACCUACCUAAAAGAGUCAAAUGGGACUCUCCCGUUUGCAAACAAUCCAAAGAAGAAGAGCAAAAUGAGGUUACGCUUUUUCAGAAAAGCUUCAAAGACUAUGAAUUCGAAAAAUUAGUGUAA